AUGGUGCCUCGACGAGGAGCCACAAUUGGGGCGCCAUUGCCCCGUAUAUUCUCGAGACACGUCAGCAACUACUUUCACUAUCGCCAGGGCGACGUGGCGGGCCGCAUAAACCUGCUUUCGCUUCCGGGCUUCAUUGGACACUACACAAGCCGAGUCAACAGACCCUACAACGAAGACCGCUACAGCGCCUCCGUAUUGAAACUACCUCGAGGCAGCACUUUUGCGCCUCGAUCUCUGCGAAAGGGCAUGUCUGCCGAGCGUCAGGUCUUCAACUUUGCCGUCUACGAUGGCCACGGAUCCGACGAGUGCUCCGAGUUUCUUAAGGACAAACUGGCCACCUAUGUCGAGAAGGCUGACCUCAACGACGCCGACGACAUUACCACCAAGUACAAGGAGCGGUUUGGAGGCUACUGGCGCCGAUGGAAGCAGAUGGACAAAUACCGGGGUAGAAUGAGCCCCUACGACGACUUCCAGUUACGACUACCGUUGGCGUUCCUGGAGGCCGACUACGAUUUUGAAGGUAAAGGAGGAAGUACAUGCACAUCGGUGUUCUUGUAUUGUCGCCAUGUGGCCCAUUCAGAGGCCGGUCCCCUACCGCCGGGGGCUGAGGAUAACAUGUUUGACCCAGAGAACGACCUCUCUCUAGUAGUGGCCCAUGUCGGAGACACUCGAUGCAUCAUCUGUGAUGCCAAAGGAGAGGCCACACCUCUUACCAUCGACCACCAUCCCAGCGCUCCCACCGAGGCCGAUCGUCUGCGUCGAUUUGCAUCUUCAUUCUUCAUGGACUCCUUCGGCGAGGAGCGGUUCGGUGUCUUUGCCAACACCCGAGCCUUUGGAGACACACUUAUGAAGGCCAAGGGUGUGAGUGCCGAGCCCGACGUGCGAGAGGUUGCACUCCAGGACGAACAGUUCCUGGUGCUGGUUUCCGACGGAGUUUCUGGCGACGUGUCUGAUCAAGAGAUCGUGGACCUGGUAACCAUUACCGCCAACAGUAGCGGUUCUGGACGAGGAUCGCCACAGCAGGCUGCCCAGGAGGUGGUUGAGUACGCAGCGGCUUUGGGUGGCUCGGACAAUGCCACUUGCAUGGUUAUCCGUCUAAGAGGAUGGGGCAAUGGCUCGCAGGUGGACCGAACCGGCGAGCUACGAGAAUACCGACUCAAAAAUGUCGACUCCCGUGGAAAUCGAAUGUAG